UUGACUUGUUUAAAUAAAUAUUUUGGUCAUGUUUUACUUUUUACUUUGUUAUUUUUCUUUUGAAGACUGAUGGCAUCAAUUGAGUGAUUUGGACUUUAGGAGAAGCAAAGUUUCUGGAGAGCGGAGACUUUUACAUUCCUUUCAUUCUCAUUGAGCUUGUUGGCGGACUGAACAAUUCCAUUUCAUCUUCACCCAUAUUCCCUUCCCAACUGUCUUCAGACGUAUAUUCAUCAUUCACUUUUCUUUAUCUCAGAAAGAUCCUGCUCUCCGAAGAGAGUGUACCACAGCUGUCUCUUGUAGACCGUAUUGGCUGUGUCUUUUAUCCAUUUCAUCCCAUUUCAUCUUCACACUUGCAAAAACAAAUGAAAAAUUUACAAAAGCAAUUAUGAGAACAUUAUUAUAUAUUCAUGCAGAAGCAUUCUAUACCUAAUCACAGAAGUCUUAAAUGUUUGCUACAGAAGAAGUCCUACUUUUUACUUGUGAUACUUUAUAUUACUGAAUUUUCUAAAUUUCACAAAUCUUCUCUUAUUCUACAAACUUUCUAAAUCUAUUCUUAAUCACAAAAGUUAUUCCUACAAGAUCUCUAAAUCUAUUUUAUACUAAGCUGUCUGAACUUUUCUAACCUAUUUCAUAUUACUGAAUUUUAUAUUUCUUAAUUAUGGAACUUGAAAUUGAUCAAUUCAAGGAAGUGAUGAAAGAGAUUGUAGAUAUGCUAUAUACAUGCGAUCCGCAUAAUGAAGAAUGUUGUGUCUGUAAAAAUACAAUUGAAGAAAGUGAAAACAAAGCUACUUGUGAGAGCUGCAAUGAACAUUAUCAUGUAACAUGUAUGGGCUUUUUGUGUCAAGAUCUAGUAAAUGAGCAAAGAUUAAUCUGGAUAUGUUCAUAUUGUGGAAAUAACAACAUUGCACAUCGACUAUUUGAUAAAGUAUGUAUCCCCUCUCAUAUCAAUAGAUACCAGCCUCUCGAGACAGUGGAUGAAGUAUUCAAUGAUGAUGUGCUCCUCUUAACCAAGCAAAAUGACAAACACAAGAAAUGCAGAUCAAAGAAAAGGUAUUUUAAGAAAUGCAAGAAAAUCAUUAUAGAGCCAGGAAAUCAAAGUGUAAAAGUAAUGAAAUCAAGUGAGUUUGACACGCAUGAACAUGAUCAUCUAGUCACUCAAAGAGAUUCCCCCAAACAACGUGAUCAAGUGCAUAGCGAAGAAGUAGGCAGUAAUGAAUGGAUGAAAGUGAAAUCAAAAAAGGCAAAGAUGUUGGAAAAGAUCCAAGACAGAAUAUCACAUUCAACAGCAAAAAGUGACAGUGGAACAGGUCAGAAAAAGAGAAUCAUAAAUGGUGUUGUUUUAGAACCUGGAGUAACGUACAUUGGCAAAGCAAUGAAAUCUUUCUACGAAAGACGAAAAAGUAAAAAAUCAAAACGCAAAGUAGACAUCAAACUAAACAGAGAUGUAGAAUGUCAGAAUGUAUUGGAAAAUAAUGUUCAAAUGUACGCAGAAAAAUUGCUAAAUGAAUACUCAAAGUGUGUGCAAUCACCAAAAUCUAUGAUGUCCCAUGAAACGAAACUCUACAAGAAAAUAACAUGA